GGUGUGUUCCUGCUUAUUAUAGGCGUCGUUAUUGCCACGUAUUACCCAUUUCCAAAGGACUCCAAGCUGACUUGUGUUGAAGGCAACCCUUCACAUUGGAACCAUGACAGCAAUCAGGUUUGCACUGGAGAAGAGCAUAUUUGAGCCCAGUGAUGAACGCCUAGUUAAGGCCAUUCACGUUUCUCAGUUAGAAAAGAAAAAGAAGACGUACUUCCUGUGCCUGUCUGUGAGCAAGGACAAGAGUGGCUUCAUCAGCACUGUCAAAAAGCUAGACAAAGACAACUACAAAAAGAAGAGAACAUGGGGCCUCCAGGAUCUACGACUGGUGGAUGGCAAGGAUGGGAAACGAGACACUGCUGAUCUUGACUUGCAGUUUGAGAAGAUGUACAAAUGGGUGGCCAGCACGCCACUGGAGCGUAACAUGUUUAUCGCCAACCUGUGGAUGCUGUGCAGCCAGCACCUGCACCGUCAGCAGCCGCAGUUUGUCAACAUUCCGGCCGAGUUUCUGGACGGCGGCGGGCAGACGGCUGAGACGCGGGCCGCCAUGUCGCCAGUGUCGGAGCUGGUAGUGGAGGCCGACAGUUACCAGGCGUUGACGGCGCAGGAGGAGGAGGACCUGCUGCGCAUGAUGUCCGAGCACGAGACGGCCGUCAGCAACGCCGAGGCAUUCGCCGAGCAGCUCAGUCAGGAGCUGUCCGGUCUGGACGGGGCCAACAUCCAGUCGAUCAUGGCGUCGGAGCAGCAGGUGGCGGCGCUCAUGUCGGUGAUCCAGCGGGCCGUGGACGAGAUCUCGGCGGUGGAGGAGCGCCUCGAGCAGUACGACCAGGCGCUCGUCACCGUGCGCCAGAGCCUCAGGGAGAUGGGCCGGGAGAAGAGCAAGAUGGAGGUGACGCAGCGCAACCACCACCAGCUGCUGCAGACGCUGGAGGGCAUGCUGCCGGACCUGCCGACCAAGGACCGCCAGGUGCUGUCCGACCCGGACCUGACCACCGCCGUCGGCCUGAAGGACGCCUGUCAGGCGGCGCAGUCCCUGCUGAGACUGUCGGCAACUUCAGUUGACCCCCAGCUGCAACAGAUGGCAGCAGUAGCUGAACAGAAGAAACUCUUCGAGAAGCUGAAGGCCCGGUUUUCGCAGGCUGUGUACCGGCAGAUGAACAACUUCUUUGUUCAUAUGGGCAACGACGGAGUGCCAGCCGAGGACUCGCUGCAGCUGCCCAGCCACAGCUCGCAGCACCUCAAGCUGCAGCCCUACUCCGAGCUCAUGCACUGGACCAAGGCCGUCGACAACAGGGGGUAUGAGACGCUCAAGACGGUGUAUGGUCAGUCGCUGAGCAAGCGGUACGAGCGGGAGGUGAAGGCGCUGUUCGCCGAGGCCCGCAGCCGCGUGGGAGCCAUCAAAAAAGACCCGAUGGACUCGCCGGGCGGAACGGCCACCAUGUCCCGCAUGUCCAGCCAGCUGCGCCAGCUGCAGGCGAAGCCGGCCGGCGCCCAGCAUGGCGCCGUUCUGCUCGGCUCGGAGCGGGAAGCUUGGACCACUCUGGACAGCUCGGACAGGCUGCGGUUCGACGACGUGCUGGAGCAGCUGUUGAAGGGGCUGGAGCCCUCUUGCCUGGAGGAGCAGAACUUCUGCGUGGGCUUCUUCAAGCUGGGGCAGGACGGAGCGCAGUCGCAGAGCUCCCAGCCGGACUCGCUGGCGGACGGCGCGCUGGGCAGGCACGACGAGGUGCGCUCGCUGAUGCGGGAGCUCUUCGGCUCGCUGGAGACCGAGCUCAACUCGUUCCUCGCCCAGCAUGAGCGAAUCGACAGCUUCUGCGUGAUGCACAUCCUGGUGAGGCUGUCGGAGCACGUGACGAGCACGCAGGACUCGGGCUCGUUCCUGCACCAGACGCUGGCCGCCGCGCUCGUCGCCAGCAAGCAGAACUUGGACCGGCUGAUGCGCUCCCAGAUCGAGUCUGUCGAGACGUGCCCGCCGCCGCGCCGCUCCAAGUGCGCCAUCCUGCCGUUCGUCUCCAACUUCCAGGAGCUGGCAGCGAUCUCCGAGAGCGUGUUCCGCGAUUCGUCACGGCGGGCCGACCUGGACCGCUGGUACAGCCGCGUCAUCCGGGCCGUCAUCGACCAGGUGACGACGGUGGGCGGCCAGCACCAGAAGACGCCGCUCGAGGUGGUCCAGAUGGAGAACUUCCACCAUCUGCACGCGCUGUUGAUGCGCCUCAAGCUGGCCGGCCUGGAGGCGGAGAAGCGGGAGGUCAAGGCUAAGUACACUGACGCUCUGCGGGCCUAUGUCACGCGCUACUUCGGCCAGCCGCUGAUCAAGCUGAACCAAUUCUUCGGCGGCGUCCAGUCCAAGGUGGCCCAGGGCGUGCGCGAGUCGGAGAUGGGCUACCAGCUGGCCUUCAGCAAGCAGGAGCUGCGCAAGGUCAUCAAGGAGUACCCCGGCAAGGAGGUUAAGAAGGGCCUGGAGACGCUCUACAGAAAGGUGGAGAAGCACCUCUGCGAGGAGGAGAACCUGCUGCAGGUGGUGUGGCGCGCCAUGCAGGAGGAGUUCAUCACGCAGUACAAGUCGAUCGAGGAGAUGAUCCAGCGCUGCUACCCGGGUGCCAUGAUCACGCUCGAGUUCACCAUCGACGACCUGCUGCGCUUCUUCUCCGAAAUCGCCCGUUCGCACUGACGCCUGGGUGCGGAGGUCGCGCUGCGCUCUCGUCGGAGAACAUCCGCGUGGUGUGGAGAUUGGUUGGGGACGGGCGGUGCCGGGUUGGAGAUCGGCUAGAGACGGACGGCGCCGUCUUGGAGAUCGGCUGGGAACGGGCGGCGCCGGGCUGGAGAUCGGCUGGGGACAGGUGACGUCGGGCUGGGGACGGGCUGCGCCGGACCGGAGAUCAGCUGGGGACGGACGGCGUCCAGAUAGGGACGGACGGUGCCGGGCUGGAGAUCGGUGUGCGCUCCCCAGGCUGCCCGUUUCGCUGAGGGUCGGAUGAAGAUGUGUUGUCGUGGCUGGUAAGAGCGCAGCGUGUGCUUGACGGCAGUCCAUUUGCUUUAAGCAGUGUUUGUUUGAACAGCGUUUUGAAGAGCUGUGGUUGCAAGCUUUUGAGAUUGCGGGAAUCGCUGCUUCUGUUUUGAACAUAUUUUGUAUGUCGAGCGUCUGGAUUCGCGAGCAACGCUUCAAAGCCUCCUAAAUGUCUCAAUACAUAUCCCAAUGACCACGGGAAAGGUAAGGCAUGUGAUGCAUCUUAUUUGUCCUUGUUUCGUCUCAAGCAGCAAUGGCCAUCGCAUGGCCAUGCUAACGCGUGCUUACAAGAUGCCGGAUGUCGAUAUGUGCCGUGCUUAGCGGACGGUGGGACGUCGGUUGUUGUGGCGCCACCCUGUUAUGUGUAGGCAGCUUGUGAGGCAUUCGAACCAUUGUAUACUGGCUGUCUCACGGUUUUGCAUUAUUGUAGUAGUAUUGUUAUUGUUUACUGAGCUGAGUGCUGUAAUCUGUAACUGAAUGUACAAGGGCGACUGUGUGACUGAUAAGGCAGACCUGUCAUCGUGUUGGCAGUCUCAUUUGCUAGCAUGUGUGAUAUGCAAGAUUCAUGCCUUGUUUGUUAUUGUAACGAUGCAGCCCCAGGCGGACAAUGGAUACAAAUGGUCGGCUGUUGAUCCGCGGCCAAUUUCCUGCCGCAGUCCGUCCCAAUGAAUGUGGCGUUGGUGGCCGUUCGACGGCCCUCGGCCCGAUGAAUGGACGGAGUUUGUGAGCCGCUGGCGCCGGUUAGACGGUUCAUUCCCCGCGGCACGCUUGGCCGCACCAGUCCGCGGCGCCGGCCAGGUCU